GUCGUUUGGUCCGAACGCUCGGAUCGCACUUAAACGCGAGUCUCAGCAGCAGAAAAUCAGAAACAGCAGUGAGAAGGAGAAGGAGAAGAUGAACGCCCCCGAUCGUUACGAGCGAUUUGUCGUCCCUGAGGGUGUCUCCAAAGUAUCGUACGAGAGGGACACCAAGAUCAUCAAUGCGGCGUCUUUCACGAUAGAGCGUGAAGACCACACCAUCGGUAACAUCCUCCGCAUGCAAUUGCACAGGGAUGAGAAUGUAUUGUUUGCUGGCUACAAGUUGCCUCACCCUCUUCAGUACAAAAUACUUUUAAGGAUCCACACAACGAGCCAAUCUUCGCCCAUGCAGGCAUAUAAUCAGGCUAUCAAUGAUCUGGACAAGGAACUUGAUCAUCUGAAGAAUGAAUUUGAGGUGGAGUUGGCGAGGCACACAGGGAAGCAAACCCGGGAUUACUAAGCUGCAUGGCUACGGUCACUUGACAGGACUAAGUGUACCUGAAAUUUGUGCGUUAGAAGAUGGAAACGGUUAUGGUGGAGAUGGGGGUUGUGUACUUGUUUUAUUAUUCCAUUUCACAGCAUUUUCAUCAGAAGCGCUCCAUUUUGUCAGCUUGUUUGGCAUUGGAAUGCUAUAGUAUAGCAAUUAGUGUAUGUUAUUAGAAACUUGGGAGGUGGUGAAUGAAUACUCUUUUGCUUCCUUUUAGAGGGAAUUCUGCAUUUUCCCACUUAAUUCACUUGCUUAGAGACAAAGUGGCAACUUUCUGCAGAAUUAACUUGGAUUUGGAAUGUUGAUAUGGUAUAGUUUUCAGUAUUCA